GCAUCGCAGCUCGUGUCCGCGUCGUCCUGCGGCCCUUCCCUUCCCUUCCCUUCCCCUCAGCCUCCUCGCCGUCUUCCUCCUCGCUCCCCCAUCCGCGGUGGGGUUGAUUUGAUAUCGAUUUCGAUUCCCUUCCAUCGCCCACCCCGGACAGUCCGCAAUCCGCUCCCCGAGGCGCCUCCCCCCACACAACGUGCGCGCUCACUCGCGGGCACACUCACCGUCACCCUCCCGUCCCGGCCUUAUUAAUUCCCCUUCCGCCUACCCGCUUCAAAAACUCCACCACCACCCCUCCCAACCCCUCCGCCCCCGCCGCAUUGCACGCGGCCGUCUCGAGUCUGGUUUGUUUCUCUCUUGCAUUUUGUCCGUUUGGGUGGUUCGGUUGCGAGGGGAGUUCUGAUCGGAGCAAGGAAAAGGCGGGGGAAGAGUCGAGGGAGGGGGGAAUGUGGGCGGCGGAGCGGGUGGUGGGGGAGCGCCGGAUGCGGCAGAUCCAGCGCUUCGCGCGGAACGCCAAGCUCACCGUCGUCUGCCUCCUCCUCACCGUCGUCGUGCUCCGCGGCACCCUCGGCGCCGGACGCUUCGGCACGCCGCAGCAGGACCUCAUCGAGCUCCGCCAGCGCUUCGUCUCCCACCCGCACCGCGCGCUCGCCGAGCACCACGACGCCAGGUCCAGGUCAUCCUCCUCCACCGGCGCGGCGGGCGCCGGCGGCCGGGACGACGAGCCCGACCCGCCGCCGAGGUCGAUCAGGGACCCGCCCUACACGCUGGGCCCCAAGAUCUCCGACUGGGACGAGCAGCGCGCCGCCUGGCACCGACGCCACCCGGAGACGCCGCCCUUCCUCAACGACGUCAAGCCGCGGGUGCUGCUCGUCACGGGAUCCUCGCCCAAGCCCUGCGAGAACCCCGUCGGCGACCAUUACCUCCUCAAGUCCAUCAAGAACAAGAUUGACUACUGCCGCGUCCACGGCAUCGAGAUCUUCUACAACAUGGCGCUGCUUGACGCCGAGAUGGCAGGCUUCUGGGCCAAGCUCCCGCUCAUCCGCGCCCUGCUCCUCGCGCACCCGGAGGUCGAGUUCCUCUGGUGGAUGGACUCCGACGCCAUGUUCACCGACAUGGCAUUCGAGCUGCCGUGGGAGCGCUACGGGCCGUACAACCUCAUCCUGCACGGCUGGGACGAGAUGGUCUACGACGACAAGAAUUGGAUUGGGCUCAACACCGGCAGCUUCUUGCUGCGCAACUGCCAGUGGUCGCUUGACAUGCUGGAUACUUGGGCGCCAAUGGGGCCAAAGGGCCCUGUCCGAAUCGAGGCAGGCAAGGUGCUGACCAAGUUCUUGAAGGAUCGGCCAGUGUUCGAGGCCGAUGAUCAAUCGGCAAUGGUGUACAUCCUCGCCACGCAGCGUGAGAAAUGGGGUGAUAAGGUGUGCCUUGAGAAUGGGUACUACCUCCAUGGCUACUGGGGGAUCUUGGUGGAUAGGUAUGAGGAGAUGCUUGAGAAUUACAAGCCAGGGCUUGGCGAUCACCGGUGGCCACUCGUCACUCACUUUGUCGGGUGCAAGCCGUGUGGGAAGUUUGGAGACUACCCUGUUGAGCGUUGCCUCAAGCAGAUGGACCGUGCAUUCAAUUUUGGGGAUAACCAGAUCUUGCAGAUGUAUGGAUUUACACACAAGUCGCUUGCGAGCAGGAGGGUGAAGAGGAUUAGGAAUGAGACCAGUAACCCGCUAGAGAUGAAGGAUGAGCUUGGGUUGCUCCACCCGGCAUUCAAGGCUGUCAAGACUACUACAUGAUAAUUAGAGUACAAUUCCACUUAUUAUUUUGUUUGUUCGUUAUAGAUCCUCUUGGAUCUAAACCUAAAGUGUUUUUCUGUAGAAUUGGGGUGACAGCGGGAGUUUGGGUUGUGGGAUUAUGGGAUGGAUAUCUAUGUUGUAAUGUGAGGUGUUAGGAGAAUGAUGUUAUGUUUAUUUGUCGGCAUAAGUUAUGUCUUACACUCCUAGAAAUUGAGUCAAUGAAGGAACUCAAGUUAUUGGUCA